CAUUUCGCAAACAUUCAGUCGACCGGAGCUCUCGCCGGUGCUACCAGUUGGUAACCGGAAAAGACGCCGCAACCUGCAAAUUAAGGUGGGUUUCUCUUUUUCUUCAGAUAUGAGAAGAUUUAUUCAUUUGCAUCUCCAUAAACUCUCGAGGCCCACUUUCUCUCCUCGCUUUCAUCUCAAGCACACCGCCGCCGCCGCUUCCUUCUCCUCCGUCCAAUCUCCACUUGAUCAUAAACCCCAAAAUCAAACAUCUUACAUAGGACCUAAUAGCAACACCGAUUUCAUAAACCAUUUAUGCAAGAAUAAUAAAUAUGAAGAAGCUAUUUCUGUUCUAUGCGAACAAAUGCGCUUGAAAGAUGCUAUUAAACUGCUACAUUUCCAUAAUCGCCCCUCCGCUUCCACAUACUCUUCCCUGCUAAAGCUCUGUCUUAAGCAGAGAGCUCUCUUGGAGGCGAAAACAGUGCAUAAACAUUUCGGCUUAUCGGGUUUCGUUCCUGGUGUUUUCCUUUUGAAUCGUCUCCUUAGUGUCUACUGUGAAUGUGGAAGUUUAGUGGAUGCACGGAACCUGUUUGAUGGAAUUACUGAGAGAGAUGUUUGUUCUUGGAAUCUUCUGAUAUCUGGAUAUGUAAAAGAUGGUAGCUUGCAAGAAGCACGUAAGCUGUUUGAUUUAAUGCCUGAAAGAGAUAACUUUUCUUGGAAUGCCAUGAUUUCUGGUUACGUUAGGCAUGACAAGCCCCAAGAAGCUCUCAAAUUGUAUGGUGAAAUCCAAAUACAUGAUCAUUUAAAAUGCAGCAAGUUCAUUGUUUCUAGUGCUCUUGCUGCUGCCUCAUCGAUUCGAUCAGUGAAAAUUGGGAAGGAGAUUCAUGCUCAUAUAAUCAGAACAGGGUUGGAUUCAGAUUCUGCUGUAUGGAGUGCCCUGUGCGAUAUCUAUGGAAAAUGCGGAAGUAUUUACGAGGCUCGCCAUAUAUUCGAUCAAACAACCGAUAAAGACAUUGUCUCGUGGACGGCUAUGAUCGAUAGGUAUCUCGAGGAUGGGAAACGCAAAGAAGGAUUCGCGAUGUUUUCGGAUUUGUUAAGGACACAAACAAUUAAGCCCAACGAAUUCACAUUCUCGGGAAUUUUAAAUACUUGUGCGAAUCAAAAUUUGGAAAGUGUUGGUAAGGAAGUUCACGGUUACAUGAUAAGAGUCGGGGUUGAUCCAUCUUCGUACGCGGCAAGCACUCUAGUUCACAUGUAUUCUCGAUGUGGAAACAUAGAGAGCGCUAGAAACGCGUUUGAAUUGUUGCUAAAUCCCUGUUUGGUUUCCUGGACUUCCCUCAUUAACGGAUAUUCUCAACACGGGCAACAUGAGGAGGCCCUUCGUUUGUUCGGGUUGAUGCUUGAAUCGGGCACUCGGCCUGAUCAUAUUACGUUUGUGGGUGUUCUUUCGGCUUGUACUCAUGGAGGGUUAGUUGAGAAAGGUCUUGACUAUUUUUAUUCAAUAGAAAAGCACGGAUUAACUCAGACAGUAGAUCAUUAUGCUUGUGUGGUUGAUCUUCUUAGCCGAAAUGGAAGAUUUGAAGAAGUGGAGAAUAUGAUUAAAAGGAUGCCGAUGAAGCCUGACAAGUUCUUGUGGGCUUCUCUUCUUUCGGGCUGUAGAACCCAUGGAAAUCUUCAACUCGCAAAACGGGCUGCAGAAGAAUUACUCGAAUUGGAGCCUGAAAAUGGAGCAACAUACGUGACAUUAUCAAAUCUAUACGCAUCUGCAGGAAAAUGGAGCGAAGUAGAAAAUCUGAGGAAGGUUAUGGAUGAAAGAAGAGUGAAGAAGAAACCGGGGCUAAGCUGGAUUGAGAUCAAGAGAAAAGUGCAUGUUUUCCAAAUGGGAGACUUAUCCCACCAAAGAAGAGAUGAAAUUCAUGGAUAUAUUGAGAAGAUUUCGAGGAAGAUGAGAGAAGAAGGGUAUUCUCCUCGAACUGAUUAUGUUCUUCAGGAUGUAGAAGAGGAGCAAAAGGAAGAAAACUUAUUUUAUCAUAGCGAGAAGCUAGCGAUUGCUUUCGGGAUUAUCUCUACUCCAGAAGGAACUCCUUUAAAGGUUUUCAAGAACUUGAGAACAUGUGUUGAUUGUCAUAAAGCUAUCAAGUUGAUAUCGAAGAUUGCUGAAAGGAAGAUUAUCAUGAGGGAUUCUAAACGGUUUCAUUGUUUUACAAAUGGAAGCUGUUCGUGCAACGAUUAUUGGUGAUU